AUGUCCUUUUGUUGGGAUUCAAGUUAUUUGGGUUAUACAGCAAGCUUUUGGAAUAGUACGUACUCUAGGAUCUUACAGCUCUCUCCAAAACUACUAUAUCACAUUGCAAUAUCUGACAAACGAAAAAAGCCCCAUCUUCUCGCUAUCGGUUUCACAAACAGUGAAAUUACGCUGACAUUACUGGCGGGGCCUAUUAGUGGACUGGUUAUUCCAGUCAUACUAGCCGCAGUGGGCGAUGGAUCCCGAAGGUCUUCCAUCAUCUGGGGAGGUUUAGGAGUUAUGAUGGCGUUGUUGAGCUUUGCAUGGGCGCAAGAAAUAAGCUUUCUACUUAUGCGAAUAUUCGAUACCAAAUCGGAUGCAGCCACGGUAUCGGGUGCGAAAUUCGUUGCCGCCUCUGCCGUCUAUGCAUUGAACGCAGCUAUGCAACCACUUCAUAUCAGCUUACGUGCGCUACUCAUGGACAUUUGUCAGCCCCAGCAGCAGGCCACAGCAAGUCUAUGGGUAAUGAGGUUCUCUGCAACUGGAUCUGUUCUUGUUACUUCCAUCGCCUUCUUUUCGACGCCUUCAUUCAAACCUCUUUCGAUAUUUUGCUGCUCGGCACUCUCCUCGCUUCUUGUUCUACAUACGCUAGAGGCUCGGCGCUAUUACGCAACUCAGCAAAGGCAAAGUUGGAAGCUAGGCAUGUGGAUGUUUCGGUCUUUUGCCUCGCGAAUACGCCAAAUCGCCAUUUUGUCAACACAACUGCCUAAUAUCACUCGUCGAGUAUGCCGCAUCCAGUUGUUGUCAUGGUUUGCUUGGUUUCCCGCGCUGUUUUACAUGGGCAGCCUGAAAAAAGAAGCUGGCUGCUUGGAAGCUGAGCUAAUUCUAUCUCCAGACACAUUAAGUGCUGCGAGACACGGCCGUUCCUCUCACAAUGAGGAGGCGGAGGCAGCGAGUGCCGGUGCUAUUCUUGUGUUCCACUGCGCAGUCCUUACAACGACAAUCAUGCUACAAAUGUUGUUCAAAGGGCAGUCAAAACCAUGUUAUCCACACAUCCGGGAAGUCUCUAUGACAGUCGUUGACGACAGCGACGUCAAGGAGUAUGGGACGCUAUUGUUCCGUGCUUGGUCCCUUGUCCUGGUUGCUAGUGCUUUCUCGUUUGCGGCAGUCUCAAUCUUUGCCGGUGUGGAUAGUGCAGCAGCAUUGCUUAUUACAUCCAUGGGUACCUAUUUUGCUAUGUUCAACUGGGCCCCGUACGCCCUCCUCGGCAUUGAUCUGGCGAUAGAAAAUAGGCGUCCCAAGAGUGAAGAAACCGAGUCGCUCGGCUUCCCGCGCGUUCACGAUGAACUGGAUGGAGCGACGGCCAUCUUGACAAUUCACAACGCUGCAAUAUGCGUGUCACAGAUUGCUUCCGCUAUGGUAUCUACUCUCUUCUUUCGCCUUGUCGAAAAAGCAGGGUUACAAGUAGAUAUAGCUUGGGUAUUUCUCAUAGUUUCACCUGCGCUUCUUCUGGCAGCCUGGGACCGAGAAACAUGGCGUUAG